AUGGGGAGAACAAUCCGCAUUCUCGGGCUGCACGGCUUCGGAACGAGCGCUACCAUUUUUGAGUCGCAAACAGCAACCUUCCGCAGAUAUCUCGAGCCGAAAAGCGACAGCGACGACCGAUUCGAAUUCCACUUCGCCAACGGGCCAUUCCCCUCUGGCCCAGCGGCGGGCAUCAGCCUCUUCUACAACGCACCUUACUACUGCUUCUGGCGCCAGGAUGGCACGCUCGACGACGUCGCGAUCGCGCGCUCUUGGCUGCACGACUACCUCAAGCGCAACGGGCCUUUUGACGGGGUUAUCAUGUUCUCGCAAGGGUGCGUGCUAGGGUCCAGCACGCUGCUACACCUCGCCAAGGACUCGCCGUCGGAUCCCCCUCCAUUCAAGUUCGCCAUUUUCGUGUGCGGUGGCCCCCUGCUGCAAGACCUCGACCAGAGACUCGGCUUCACCAUCCCCGAGGAAGUAUGGGCUCUCGACCUGGCGUCGCGGCGCGCGCUCUCCCAACGCGCCGAUACCGAGGCCAUUCUCAAGCUCGGCUCCGACCGAUGGCAGAACGACAUGCAUGAGCUGACGGAUCUGUCGGCGCAGGAACUGGCCGAUAUGGUUAGCGGACCGUAUCGCAUCAAUAUCCCGACGGUGCACAUCGUGGGCGCCAAAGACCCGCGCAACUUUGCCGGCUAUCAGCUACACGCCCUGAGCCACCCGGACGCGAGGAAGAUGUACGAGCACCCUGGUGGACAUGAUAUUCCGCGGGACGGAUCGACCAGCACCACGAUUGCUAACCUGGUGAGAUGGGUUUCCUCGUCGAUUGUGGCGUCCAAGUUGGAGGAGAGCAGCGCUUGA